AUGACGGUUCGAUGUUGCUACUGUGGAAUAUAUGCUCAACUAAAGACAUCAAGACCACCAACUAAUCCUGGAAGAAUGUUUUGGGGUUGCCAAAAAUAUUCAUCCGGUAAUGGGUAUGGAUUCUUCCGAUGGGCUGAUGCAAGUGAUACAACAUGCCAAGAACAAUACAACAUUAAGAAUCCAUCAACGAGUUCACGGCAAGGAAGACAAGCAAGAUAUAGAAGACAAGGAAGGCAAAGAAGGCAAGGAAGACAAGGAUCAAACACUAGUAUUGAUAUCACUGUUAUUGUGAUUGUUGUUAUUUGGUUUCUAGCCGUUAUUUUUAAGAUAUAUUGA